UUGAUUACAUUUCAAUUCAGCCCAAUUUAUCGCAAACAAGUUUGCGUCAGAGGUCACGUAGAGCGGCAGAUUAAACCAGACAGAUUCCUGUUUCACAGCCUAAAACUUGGGCUGCAACACUGUAUCAUUGCAUAAGCUAUGAUGGAUUGGAUACAUUGAUGGUGUGUUUUGUGUUCUUUUUGGUUAGGAUGUUGCUGUGUUUCCAGAGCAGUCCUUAAAUUGAUUUAAAUUGACCCCCAACUAAAGUGUGUACCAUUUGCAGUAUUUUCCUUUGGUAUAUAUGUUGUGUUCAGUCUGAAGUUGGGACACCUACUCGUUUACCAAAGAAACUACUCACAUCCACUGUCAUUUUCGGUUUUAAACAGUAACCUUUGUUAGUAGCAUCUCCAAAACCAUGAUUUCCUCUAGAAGGGGUACAAUUACAGUAAAUUACAUUGGGCUGUAUAUUUCCAUGUAGGCAGAGCAGUUGGGGCUGCAUUCAUUUGUUUUAGGAUACAAAACAGAUACAAGAAGCAGUGACAGAGUGACAGAAAAUUGUCCAAAAUUCCCUCAACAGAUCACCCACUCACUUGUCACAUUUUCUAUUUUGACACAGACAUUUUCUAUGUUUCUGAGAGUGUGCAGAUAUUAUCGCCCUAAAUGAUAAUGCACAUGCAAAACUUUGCACAUUGUUUCGACAAAUUUGAAGCCAAAAGGAAGUUUUUGUUUUUUGUCUUGACAUAGUUCACAACAACUACAAGUUUAAAUGUGCCUGUAUUAAUCUACAUUUAAUAAAGAAAUAGAACCAUUGAGACAUUUGUAGUGCUAUGCGACAUGCUAUGUUGACAUGAAUCAACUAUGCAAAGGACAGUCAAGCCUGAGUUAUGAGUAUGUGAGAAUUAGCCUCAUUUUGCAUUCACUUUUAUACAAACCCAGGUUUCCCAUAAAUCGUUUUCCCACAAGCUUCUAGUGUUUUCUAGCAAUUGAAUGCAGGCUGGGAAAAACCUGCAUCCAGUUUUGUUGUUCAGUGAAUAAUCCUGCAGCAUUUAGGAUCAUUCUUUUAAAAAGCAGAUUAAACAUUCUGUAGAUUUUCUGACAAAGACAAAAACUGAAACAACUGGCCAGAGUUUUGGUAGAUGGUUACAUCAUAUUUUAGCAGACAUGGUCUCACAUGAAUGGGCAGGUCUAAAGUCCUUUGAUGUUAACCAAACAAAGGAUAUGAAAGGAAAGUAUGCCCACACUUAUUACAAGAGUUGUGGUGGAGGACAAUAAACUUGCAGUUUGACACAACGAGAGGAGAACAGGACACAAGCUGGGGCUUGAACCGCCCCGGCCUGGGUCCCCCUGGAGAAAAGCGUAUAAUGAUGAAAACCCUAAAAUUUUUGAUCAUGAUAUUUCCCGAAGCGUCAGUACCUGUGUGUUCACAGCGUGAUUCUAGUUGGAUAUGUCAUUGUUUGUGUGAGGACAGAAGCAGGAUGAGGAGAGAAGGAAGGAAGGAAAUAUCAAAAACCAUAUUCACUCAACUACAGGAGGAGGAGGGGCAUAGUAGCCUGGAGUGUAUCCAGGCCAAUCAGAUAUUCCCUAAGAAGUCCCCCAUUCUAGAGGAAGAAAACAUGCAGGUGCCCUUUCCUGAGCUGCAUGGGGAGUUCACAGAGUAUGUGGGCAGAGCUGAGGAUGCCAUCAUCGCCACGUCCAACUACCGCCUGCACAUCAAAUUUAAAGAGUCCGUCGUUAACGUUCCCCUACAGCUUAUAGAAAGUGUGGAGUGCAGGGAUAUGUUCCAGCUCCAUGUUACUUGUAAGGACUGCAAAGUAGUCAGGUGUCAGUUUUCCACAUUUGAGCAGUGUCAGGAAUGGCUAAAACGCCUCAGUGUUGUGGUCCGUCCCCCAUCCCGCCUAGAGGACCUCUUCUCCUUCGCCUUUCACGCUUGGUGCAUGGAGGUAUAUGCUGGUGAGAAGGAGCAGCACGGCGAGCUGUGCAGACCAGGUGAACAUGUGACCUCCUGGUUCAAGAACGAGGUGGAGAGGAUGAGCUUUGACACUCAAAACGCCUGGAGGAUAUCAGACAUCAACAGCAAGUUCAGACUUUGCCCCAGCUAUCCUCAGCAGCUCUUGGUGCCAGCCUGGAUCACUGACAAGGAGUUGGAAAAUGUGGCAGCCUUCCGAUCCUGGAAGAGGUUUCCUGCUGUGGUUUAUAGGCACAUCACCACAGGGGCUGUCAUCGCCCGCUGUGGCCAACCUGAGGUCAGCUGGUGGGGCUGGAGGAAUGCAGAUGACGAGCAUCUGGUCCAGUCCAUCGCCAAGGCCUGUGCCGUGGACAGUAGUCCCCACAAACAUGUCCAGAACAGCAGCUACACCAAUGGCUCAGAUCUGCCUGACACAGAAUUUGAAUCCUCCAUGACCAACAGCACUGAGGUGGAGACACUGGUCAUCCAGCCUCACAAGUUACUUAUUUUGGACGCCAGGUCUUAUGCUGCUGCUGUUGCAAACAGGGCCAAGGGGGGAGGCUGUGAAUGUCCAGAAUACUAUCCCAAUUGUGAGGUGGUGUUCAUGGGCAUGGCCAACAUUCACUCAAUCCGCAAGAGUUUCCAAUCUCUACGUUUCCUCUGCACCCAGAUGCCUGAUCCAGCCAACUGGCUUUCUGCACUGGAGAGCACCAAGUGGCUGCAGCAUCUGUCUCUGCUGCUAAAAGCAGCAUUGCUUGUGGUCAAUGCCGUAGAUCGAGACCACAGACCUGUCCUAGUACACUGCUCUGAUGGCUGGGACCGCACACCCCAAAUCGUUGCUUUGUCCAAACUACUGCUAGACCCUUAUUAUCGCACCGUUGAGGGCUUUCAGGUUUUGGUGGAAACAGAUUGGUUGGACUUUGGUCACAAGUUUGCAGACCGCUGUGGCCAUGGAGAAAACUCAGAGGAUCUGAAUGAGCGCUGCCCUGUGUUCCUACAGUGGCUGGACUGUGUUCACCAGCUUCAGAGGCAGUUUCCUUGUUCCUUUGAGUUUAAUGAGGCUUUUCUGGUGAAGCUAGUUCAGCACACCUACUCCUGUCUCUUUGGCACUUUUUUGUGCAACAGUGGCAAAGAGAGGGAGGAUCGUCAUGUCCAGGAGAGGACCUGCUCUGUCUGGUCACUGCUGAGGCCGGCCAACCGCACGCUGAGAAACAUGCUGUACUCCUCACACUCGGAAACCGUUCUCCACCCAGUCUGCCAUGUGCGCAACCUGAUGCUUUGGUCAGCUGUCUAUCUGCCUAGCUCCUCCCCCACCACUCCCUCAGAUGAUUCCUGUGCCCCCUACCCUGUGCCGGGUUCCAACUCGGAGGACACUCCACUGGCCAGAUGUACAAAGACUCGCUCCUUUGACAACCUGCCCAGUGCCUGUGAGUUAGGACAAUCCAUGGCUCCGAACCGUCGCUCCAGUGACCCGAACCUCAAUGAGAAGUGGCAGGACCACCGGCGCUCUCUGGAAAUAAAUAUUGCAGUCGGGCCUGAUGGAGAGGGGAACCAGGAUCAGGAGAUGCUGUCUAAUGGAGCAGGGCCGUAUACAGACAUGGUGGACUCUGAACUGGACGAGAGCCUGGAGCAAAAGAGCUCAAACACAGAAUUGGAACACAAAGCCUCUUUGAGCCCUGAGUCAUUGGGAGAGGAAGAAGAGGAAGCAGAGCUGUCUGUGGCAGUAGGCGUGGCUGAGGGCCAAAUGGAGAACAUUCUUCAGGAAGCCACAAAAGACGAGGUGGCAGCAGAUCAGAGAGAAGACUGUUUUACUGCUGCUGAUGUUGUAACCGCUGUUGACAAAGAGUCCGGAAGAGAUGAGAAAGUUGGAGAGGAACAGGAGUCUACUAAAGUCAAUGGAUCUGAGAUUCUGACCAAAUCAGUUCUUAAUGGUCACCAUCCAGAAAGUGACCUCACAGAUGGUGCAAAGGACAAAGAAGCUACUGUUCUGCCUCCUUUAGCCUCAGAAAGAGCUGAGAAACCUGAUAAUCAAACAGGCCAUGUGACUCAGACAUCAGAGGAAGAGGUGACACAAGCUGCUGAGAACUCCAGUGUGGAAGAGGAGGUAGAACAUGGACCUAGUGAGUCAGAUUCAGGUGAGCACGAGCAGCCUGCAGCUCACAGAACUAUAACUAAUGGCUUUGUGGACACGCCGCCUGAAGGGCUGGGCCAGGACCAGGAGGAGAUGUGUCCUGACUGUGAACCUGACCACGGCAUCGCUGAGCCAAUGGAUAAGAGAGUUUCAGUUUUGGAGAGCUCCACAGAGACUUUAACUGAAGAAGCAUGCAGCAGGUUGGAGCACGUCACACAGCCUCCCAGUCUAUUGAGCCGACCUCCCUGCAGAGACGGCAGGAGUCAGCCGCCCUGCUCCAGGAGAGAGAGGACAUUAGACACAAGUGAGCACAACUUAGGCAGAACUUUAAACGGGGGCACCAAGAGACCCCCAUUUGGUGCCUAUAAGUCUCCAAGUGCUGACCUCGGCAGGGAUGGCCUUUGUAAUGGAGAGAACUCUGAAGGUGAACCCGGUGGAGCUCCUCACUGGGCUGCAGGAAAUGUAGAGAGGGCAUCAUUGAGUCGACAGAUGUCCCUGGCGAGCUGUAACUCACUCAUUCUCCACCAACGGUGCAGUUGCUCCCAACAUCGCUGGUGCCACAACAUGAUGAGCCGGGUGUCCAUCAAUCCUGAACAGCCUUCACGCAGUCACCUGGACGAUGAUGGGUUGACACUGCAUACUGAUGCCAUUCAACAGAGACUGAGGCAGAUUGAGGUAGGGCACCAGAUGGAGGUGGAUACUCUGAAGAAACAGGUGCAGGAGCUAUGGAGCCGCCUUGAGAUUCAGCAAAACACAGGAUCUCAAAGAAUCAAUGGAGACAUGGGAGACGAAGUGACUUCAAUGACAGACUCUGAGUACAACCUGGACCCCAACUGUUUGUCGCGCUGCAGCACAGAGCUCUUCUCGGAGGCAAGCUGGGAGCAGGUGGACAAGCAGGACACUGAGGUCACUCGCUGGUACCCUGACCAUUUAGCAGCUCAGUGUUAUGGCUGUGAGAGCAGGUUCUGGCUCGCCACCAGGAAACAUCACUGCAGUGGCAAAGAGCCUGUCCAGGAGCUCUGGAACUGUGGUAACGUCUUCUGUGCCAGCUGUUGUGACCAGAAGAUCCCAGUGCCAAGUCAGCAGCUGUUUGAGCCCAGCCGCGUCUGCAAGAGCUGCUAUGGCAGCCUCCACCUCGGUUCAGUUCCACUGGACCUGGAGAAACCCAUCGCAGCCAGCUCCAACUGAGACCCCGUAGGACGAGGCAGGCUGGCACAAAGUCCAGUUGCUGACACAGACGCACUGCUGAAGGAGGGAACAGCAGCUCUACACAUGGCCCCAUGUACUUUGUGUGUUUGUGUGAGUGCACAGCUGACAUGGAUUACUGCAGUGUGUGUAUAUACAGAAGAGGAUGCAGCCAUGGUGGACCUGAGUGAUGUGUUUUGCCAGAUGCUGAGCACUCCAAACAGCCGGUGUACACAGAAAUGAUGUGUGUGUGAGUGUGUGUAGGUUUGUGUGUUUGUGUAUCUAUUGCACAUUUACCACACAAAGGUCAGUCUGAGGCAGUGAUAGGACUGCAGUCCAGAACCAAUGAGGAUGGACAUCCUGGCAUCUUGGACCAGGCAGAGGAAGACAAAGAUUUUGUUUUCACUGGAUCCAUGUUUGUCUCCUUUUUCUUUUAACAGUUCUUUGCAUUUUUUCAUUUUUUUUUUUUAAUUUUUUUCUAAGGUUGUACUAGGUCAGAAACUCCCAACCAAGUCUAGACAGUGAUAGUCAUCAAUGUUGAGAAGCAUGAAGGGUCAGUUCACCCAAAUUAUCAUUUUAAACAUUGCAACAAAUGUAGUUUUAUACACAUACUUGCAUUUUAUUUAUAAACAACGUACGUACGUAUAAGCAACAACUAAAGACCAGACAAAAACAUGACGACAAUGCAAUUUCUUUAUGCAAACAAAUGCAGUAUUGUUGUUGAUAUGUUGAUGUUAAAUGAAUGAACUGACCCUUUUUUUUUCAACUUGUGCUUUUGCUUGUUUUUUGUUGUUUAUUGAAAUCACACUUUCACACCCAUGUAUGUAAAUUUGUGUUUUUAUAUACUGUAUCCACAGAACUGUGCAAAAGUUUUGGGACUUCAUAUCUUGUUUUUGAGAUGCACUUAAAAUACAGUAAAGUGUCUACAAGCAAAGGGGUUGUUAACAGGCGUUAUUGUCUGUCUUGUCAUCCUUUAGCACCAAACCUUUUUCCUUGAGAAUUUGUUUAAAAGACUGCAUCCUUUCAUGUGAUUGCCCCAAAAUGACACAAUUAAAUGAAUACUUAUUUUGUCUUAAACAGAGCUACACUACAACCAAAUAGUUUUGGCGCUAUAAGGUGCAACUUAUUUGCAUGAAUACAAACACUGUUGGUUUUAGUUUUGGGUCAGAUCCAAGGCUACCUGUUCCUUUGACAGUGAAGUACUCUCACCUAUGACAGUAAGUACUGUCUUCAGUGUUGCAGAAAUUUGUAAAUCAGAGGUGAACAAAGCUUUUGCACAGUAUUGUGUACAGAUGUAUAUUUACAGUACACACAGGAAGUUUGUCCUUUUCUGAGAUAUUGCUUGGACAUGGUUGAUGCCUGCUGUCCCAGAUAUUCAUUCUUUUGUUUAAAGAAUUACAGAAAACAGUCCACCAUGUUGGUUUUUAGUGCAGAAGAUGUGAUUCAGCUUUACUGAGCUUGAGGGAAGGUGAACAGAAAGUGACAUCCUUACAGAAGGUUCUCUACAUUGACUGACUGUAACACACCUUCAUGGCCUUCACACACAACAGCCUCCCUUUAUUUUUUACUAAUUCCUUUACCCAGCAGGCACUGGGAGCUGAUCAUGUCCUCUCUCUUUAAUUCUAAGUGAGUAUAAAAUUAACAGUACGGCCUUGAACUUAAAUUUAUUUUUUUUAUUAUCAUUAUUAGUCUUGAGGAGGCUGCCAGUCAGCAGUGACCGCUCCUCUGAUCUCUGCUCUGAUUGGCUGGACAGGGGCAGAGCGCACCGGCAGUAGAUAGAGUUGAGUUUUAGAAAAGCCUAAGUAAGACCCUGACUCCCAUUCACUGACCACACACACACACUAAUUCCCAUCUCACACACGCAAACACACACACAUUCUUUGUUUUGUAAAAUAAAUGAAUGAAAUAAUAUAUUGAGAUACGUAUAUAGCAUUAAAGAUAAAAUGUAUAGAAUCCUUGAAUAGUGGCUCACCUAAUUAGUCACCAGAAAGCUGUGUUAUUUUUUUCUUCUUUUGUUAAAUGUUUUUUUUUUUAAUGUUGUCAGUUGCAGAAGAAAACAUAUUUUGCUGCCUGUUGAAGAAUGACAGGCAUGUUCUUUUUUUCUAACAGAAGCAGGGUGUCCUGUGUUGAUGCUGCAGUGUUUUCCCUUUUAAAACAGACAUGACUUUGGUUUAAUUUAUUAAGGUUUCAAUGUCAAAUUGCUGUUCUUUUUUGUUUUGUUUCUUUUCUUUUUAAAUCCAGACAAUUCAGAAGUGCCCCCAGAAUAUUUCUGGUGUCUGUGAGCUGGAGAGCAGAAGGUGGUUAAGAUCUGUGGCUGCAGAAGUCUCAUUGCUUGUUUUGUAACAGAAACAAAAGAAACGUAUUUUGGAAUCCACAAGAAAGUAACAAACAAGAGACAAGGAUGGAGGCUAUGAUGUCAGAGGUGUGGUCCAGGCUGUAGACGGUAUGAAAGUGAAAGAAGUGAAUUUCUCUACUGGUGACAGUAAUCUAAUAUUUCUUCUGUAAUACUCUCAGAAAAGGUUUUUAUAAUGAGUUUUAGGUAUUUUCAAGAUAAAAUACUCCCUUACUCCCACCAUUUUCUUUCUCCUAAAACACAUUUCUAGAAUGAACAUUGACAAAACCCAUAAACUGUGCCUAAUUUCAUAAAGUAUAACAUUUUAAAUUUUAAUUUUGUUCUUUCUGGGUGUGAAAAAAUGCUUUACUGCAAAGUCUGCCCUGUAAAACUUCACGAGGAGAGACGACCUAUACGAUUGAUUAGAAUAAAAUGAAUGUUAAUGUAAGUCAAAUUUUUUAAGUUAAAUUAUAAAAUCUAUAAAGACUAAAGAAGAUAAACAUUUAAGAAAAGGUGUUAUUAGAAAUGCAAAGGAUUCCUUUAUUGCCAUUAAGUUUUUGGACUGAAUAGCUACUUCUUCAUCUUUUAUAUAUAGUCUACAGUCUGACCUCCACCUCUGCACAUUCACAUGUUCAAAGAAAACAAUAAGGACAAUAAAUGCUGUGUCUACAGCCAACAAGAUGUCUAUGCACCAAGGGGAAGCACCCAAAAUAAUAAAAAAAAACUUCAAAACAAACUUCAAAAUAUCCCCUCACUGCUCCCCUGAAACACCUGCACACAGAAUUACUCCAUUCUAAACAAAUCACUACCUCUAUUGUGUACAUACACUCAUUUCACGUCAGAACAGAUUUGUGUUGAACUUGUUUUCCCAGUUGAUAUGAAGUAUUAAAGUUUCCAUUUACUUUAAUCACUUCAACACUUCAAGGCCUAAAACAUAGUUGUUUUUUACUUGGAGAUUUUUAUGAAUUAUCACUAUUGGCAACACAAUUGGCUAUUCAAAUUACAAAAAGUAUCUCUGCUUCUAACAACAAAUAAAAGCAACCUCUGCUGUUCCUAAUCCAUCCACUAUCUAGAUUGAUGCAUAUUUUCCAGAAAGUUUGUAUAAAUAUGUCUUUUAAAUCUUUUAAAGAUUUAAUCCAAAACACUGAGGUUCAGAGGUGCUUUUUCUCUCAUAGUCAGGAAGCUAUCACUUAAAUGAACGAUCUUCACCUUUAAAUACACUGAUAGCUGAUUCUUUAAGAGCUUAAUCAGCAGCCUCAUCUGCUCUGAGAUAAACUGGACCACAGAUCUGAAACUGAAUACUGACGCACAACAACUAAACCUGGCCAUAACUCUCAGAUCAGCCCCGCUGGUCAUAGGCCUCCAAUAGUUUGCCAACACACAGUUUUCAUCUCUACAUAAAUGGACUAUCAAUCAUGUACAGUGAGUCUGAUGCUGUUUUCCUCCAACUACUCCCAGUCCUGACAGACAGAUGGCAGCAGAAACGUCACUAUGUGGUUUCACCGUCAUCACCACUGUCACAGACUUUGACCAAAACCAAGCUUUUCGUGUUCAACAAUCCAUGAAUGUGAAUUGUCUUUGAGAAAGCAAACCUAAUGGAAAAAAAAAUAAGGCUAUUUUUGCACACAAUAUCCCAAGACACUGCCACAGAGUGCGAUAAAAUAAAGCUGAUAUGAAAAGUGC